AUGAGUGACGACGAAGAGCUGCCCCCCAGCAAGCUGGGUACCAAGGAGCACUGGGACAUGGUGUAUGACCGUGAGAACCGCGUCUUCGAGGAUGUUGGCGACGAAGGUGAGGUGUGGUUUGGCGAGUCUGCGGUGGACAAGAUGCGCGCAUGGGCGCACACCAACCUGCCUGCGCACCAGGCCGGAUCAGAUCCCCUCCGUAUCCUCGAAUGCGGGUCUGGCAACGGCACGCUCCUCCUGUCGUUUCUCACUUCGCCCGGUCCCGACCCCCAGUCUUUUCAUUUGACGGGCAUCGACUACUCUGCCGGCGCGACCAAGCUUGGGGCCAGCAUCGAAGCCAGCCGUCGCGAACAGCUCGAAGACGAGGACGAGCUGGAUGAGGACGAUGUGCUCAACGAGGUCACUUGCGAGUGGCGUCAAGGCGACCUUCUCCGCGACGACCUCGGCGAGACCUGGGACCUGGUCAUGGACAAGGGCACGUUUGACGCCCUCGCUCUCUCUCAGGAGCCCGUUGCCGAGUCUGGUGACCGCCUCCCGUCUCGAGUGUACCCGGAACGUGUUGCGCGUCUCGUUCGUCCAGGAGGCUUCUUCCUCAUUACCUCGUGCAACUUUACCGAGGAGGAGAUCAAGAAGCGCUACACUGCGCCUGGUGUGCCAUUUACCUUCCACUCGAGCGUGCCCCAUCGCUCGUUCUCGUUCGGCGGCAAGACUGGCACCACUGUCUGCACUGUCGCCUUUACCAAGAACCAGGACGCCCCUGCCACGGCUACAACUUCGGACCCACUCUAUGCCUGCGUCGACUGUGGUGGAACAAAGACCGAGGUCGUGAUUGCAAGUGAAAAGGGAAUCCUGGCAAGGGCCCUCGGCGGCACGGGGAACAUGGCAGAGGUCGGACUGCAACAGUCCUUCAAGACAAUUGUGGCGACUGCCCUCUCUGCCCUGGAGAGCCUGGGGUUCAAGGAAGAACCCCAUGCGAAUGGCACGGCGAACGGUCACAGCGAAGUCAGCUCGGUGUGUCCUGUGCAGUUUGCGGAUAUCUGGGUCGGAAUCUCUGGCUGUGACACCCCGCUGGACCAAGCCAACAUGUCCGCCCUUCUUUCUCCGUUCUUCCGUCGUCCGGUGGCAGUGUACAACGACGCCCUGCUCCUCGGCGGCGGCCUCCUGCAGGCCAACGCACGCUGGGGUAUCGCCGUGAUUGCCGGAACGGGCUCCAUCGCUGUGGGCGUGGAGCUCGACUCCAACGGCGAGCUGGUCCAGUCUGCCCGCAGGGGAGGACAUGGCUACCUCCUCGGCGACGACGGGUCGGCAUACGAUGUGGGCAGGUGUGCCGUCCGUGCGGCCGUGCAUGCCUUUGACGCUGGUGAGGAAACCUCAGGCGGCGUUGCGGCCCACCUGCGAGCUCAUUUCGUGGUCGAGAACACUGGCGAGCUCCUUGCCAAGGUCCACGACCUGGACAAUACCCUCCCGCCAAUCGAGGCGUGCAACAAGCAGAAACUGCGCAUCUCGAGCGCAUCCCGCGGUGUCCUCGAGGCAUUCACCCAGUCGCCGCCCGACCCACUCGCCGCGACUGCUGUGGCUGACGCGAUUGCGCCGUUGGCAGCGAGUGUCGUCUUCCUCGCCAAGCAGCUCGUCAGCAAGAGCCCUCUGGGUGACAGGCCGCGCUCGCUGAGCGACGCGGUGCUUGUGUGCGGCGGUGGUGUCAUACGUCAGGAUGCGUACCGCGCCGUCUUCCUGGACGUGUGUGCGGCCCAGGGUGUGGUGUUUGGGAACGGCGUGGUGGUGGUGGAGGAUGUCGCUGGUACGGCUGCGCUGGGACUCGUCCAGCGGGCCAAGGGCUAG